ACGUUUGAACCUGAUUUGGGUAAAGAAUACGAGUAUUUAAAUGAUCUUAGUUUGGAUAUCAAUAAUGGUGAAGAAGAGAAAGAUGAAAAAGCCUUUGAAACAUUAAAUAGAUAUUGGAAAACUAUAAAAACAAUUUUUUAUAAUGGUGUUAUUUUACAAAUAUUGGACUUUAUUGAAUAGAGAUAUACCGAUAAUACAUUAUGAUAUUCGAAGGGGAAUUUUGAAUAAUACAAUGAUCAUUUCGAGCAUCCUUUCGGGAUGACCAUUUAGGUUACUGGAAGAUAUAUGUCGUCAGAUUGUGAUUUAAUUCCUUUAUUGAGAAAGUAAAUAAUUUUUAGUAACCAUAUUUUCAAAU